UGCUGGCUCAUGUCUAGGUUCCCAUCCAUCAGUACCCCCAAGUCCUUUUCUGCAGGGCUGCCCUCCAUUCCUUCACUGCCAUUUUGUAGUGAUAGAGGGGGUUGCCCUGACCCAGGUACAAGACCUUGAACACAGCUUCACUGAACCUCAUGAGGUUGACCAGGGUCCAGUGCUCAAGGCUGUCUAGGUCCCUCUAGAUGGCAUCCUGUCCCUCAGAUGUGCUGACCACACCACACAGCUUGGCAUCUUCCGCAAACUUGCUGAGGGUGCACUCAAUCCUACUGUUAUUGAUGCCAUGGAUGAAGAUAUUAAACACUCAUCCCAGUUCUGACCCCUGAGGGACACCACUUACCACUGAUCUCCAUCCAGACACUGAGCCACUGAUUCUUGGGACAGAGAACAAUUUCUGUUCUCUGUACAAAAGGAGAAAAGUACUUGGAUUUUUGUGUUCAUGGUUACAAACUGCUGCAAGGAAGGAAAUACAGCGUAGUUAAAUGAAUACCAUUUGAUGAAACAAAUAAUUUUGAAAACUGUCACUGCAGCCAAUUUUUGGAGAAGCUAUAAAUGAACUGCUGCAGUUUGUUACAGGCUGUCACCUGGCAGCAGAAUAGGAAGCCACUCUAAAUCCAGAGUAAGCCAAGGCAGGGCAGACGAGUUACAAACCAAGGACAGACAGAAAUCUUGGAGAAGGUUGUGGAAGCAAUGUCAAGUACCCUAGUGUUGGGAAGUUUAUAACCUGUGGCUAGACAGCAUUCAAAAAGAGGUCCGUAAAUACACACUGUCAGUAUGUGUAUUAACAAAGCAAUACUGCUGUACUGCUGGACGCUGGCCUACAGCCACGGUCAGGCUGGCAAAGAGUUGCCUUGGAUAUCUGGAGGCCUAUCCAAAAAUGAGACACACUGAUUGAUACUGUGCCCUUCGUAAUCUAUCUGUGCUAUUCAGCUGCCUUAGGAUCCACUAAACUCACUCUACUCUGUUCAAGCCUCCUCUGGCCCCCCGAGAACCAACAUUCCGCCAAACACACGCAGCGUUUUAUGAGAGCUCACGGAUGCCGUCAGAGCCGCGCCGCUGCGCUCGGCUGCGAGCUGCCCAGCGCCCCACCGAGCGGCGGAGGAAUUUUUCGCAGCACUCGCACCCCGUACCCCUUACAGGGAGCCCGGGAAUCGCCACCCGCAGCCCCAGCCUCCCACCCUGCUCAAGGCCGCGAGGCAAAUCGGCGGGUGGGGAGUGGCGGCGGAGGCGGGCGGCUCCAGGUCCCGGGGCUGCCCCCGCCGGUGGGCGGCGCCGGACGGUGAGAGGCAGUGGGCUCCUCGCCCGCCCCGCUCCGAGACCCCCCCGCUCUCCCUCCCCCUGCCUGGAGGUAUAUAGCGGCCGUGCCCGGCGCCACCGAGCCGUGGCGGCAAGAUGGCCGUCUCCGGCGUGCAAGGCCCGCAGGCGCCCAAGCUAUCGGAGCUGCUGGAGCGGGACCCCUACCUGGCCCCCUUCGAGCAGGACUUCCAGCGCAGGUAUGCUCUGUUUUAUAAACGUUUGAAGAGCAUUGACGAGAACGAAGGAGGUCUUAAUAAAUUUUCAAAAAGUUACAAAUCUUUUGGAGUUAACCAAUUUGUGGAUGGUGGAGUAUAUUGCAAAGAGUGGGCACCAGGUGCAGAAGCAGUGUUUCUCACAGGUGAUUUCAAUGGCUGGAAUCCGUUUUCCCAUCCAUAUAAGAAAAUGGAAUAUGGGAAAUGGGAGUUGUUCAUUCCACCUGGACAAGAUGGUUUUUCUCCUGUGCCUCAUGGAUCAAAGCUAAAGGUGGUGAUUCGUGCUCAAAAUGGCGAACUCCUCUAUCGUAUUUCACCGUGGGCAAGAUACGUAGUCCGUUAUGAAGGCAAAGUGAAUUACGAUUGGGUACACUGGGAUCCACCACAGUCAUAUAUACGUAAGCAUCGUUCUCCCAAGAAAUUAAAAAGCCUGAGAAUCUAUGAAUCUCAUGUGGGAAUUGCUUCCCCAGAAGGGAAAAUAGCUUCUUAUAAAAACUUCACAUUUAAUGUACUGCCUAGAAUAAGGGAUCUUGGCUAUAACUGUAUUCAGCUGAUGGCUGUUAUGGAACAUGCAUAUUACGCCAGCUUUGGUUAUCAGGUCACAAGCUUCUUUGCAGCAUCAAGCCGUUAUGGAACUCCAGAUGAUCUGAAAGAAUUGAUUGAUGUUGCUCAUUCAAUGGGUAUUACUGUUCUGCUGGAUGUUGUGCACAGCCACGCAUCAAAAAACUCAGAAGAUGGACUCAACAAAUUUGAUGGUACAGAUUCUUGUUUCUUCCAUUCUGGUCCUAGAGGAACUCAUCGGAUCUGGGACAGCAGGCUCUUUGAUUAUGCAAACUGGGAAGUUUUGAGAUUCCUAUUGUCUAAUCUGAGAAUGUGGAUUGAAGAUUAUGGUUUUGAUGGCUUCCGAUUUGAUGGUGUUACAUCUAUGCUGUAUCACAAUCAUGGGAUUGGCAAAGAAUUCAGUGGGGAUUACAAUGAAUAUUUUGGCCUAGAUGUGGAUGAAGAUGCUUUGUGUUAUCUGAUGCUGGCCAACCACAUGAUUAACUUCUUGCAUCCGGAAUGCAUAACAAUAGCAGAGGAUGUUUCUGGAAUGCCAGCUCUUUGCCGUCCUGUUGCAGAGGGAGGAGGAGGAUUUGAUUAUCGACUAGCCAUGGCUAUUCCAGAUAAGUGGAUAAAGAUAAUUAAGGAGUUGAAAGACGAAGACUGGAAUAUGGGCAAUAUUGUGUAUACAUUAACAAACAGACGAUGUGAUGAGAAAUAUAUUGCAUACGCAGAGAGUCAUGACCAGGCACUUGUUGGUGAUAAGACAUUGGCAUUUCGAUUGAUGGAUGCAGAGAUGUACACAAACAUGAGUGUGUUCACACCUCUAACUCCAGUUAUUGAUCGUGGAAUCCAGCUUCAUAAAAUGAUUCGCCUCAUUACUCACACACUCGGAGGAGAUGGCUAUCUGAACUUCAUGGGUAAUGAAUUUGGACAUCCAGAAUGGCUUGACUUCCCCAGAAAAGGGAAUAAUGAGAGCUUUCACUAUGCCAGAAGACAGUUCAAUCUUACUGAUGAUCAUCUUCUUCGCUAUAAAUUCCUAAAUGAGUUUGACAGAGAUAUGAAUAAAUUGGAAGAAAAAUUUGGCUGGCUUGCAUCUCCUCCGGCUUAUGUGACUGAAAAGCAUGAAUCCAACAAGGUCAUUGCAUUUGAGAGAGCUGGUCUCCUUUUUAUUUUCAAUUUCCACCCAUAUGAAAGUUACGUGGACUACAGAGUGGGUGUUGAAGUUCCAGGAAAGUAUAAAAUCAUUAUGGAUUCUGAUGCUUCAGAAUAUGGAGGGCAUCAAAGGUUGGACCACAAUACAGAGUACUUCUCUGAAGAAUAUCCUCACAAUUAUCGACCUAAUUCAGUUAUGGUGUACAUUCCAAGCAGAGUGGCUAUUGUGCUUCAGAAUACGGAUGUCCCACAUUGAAGAUCUCUGUACCUAUCACUGAAGAAGCAAGUGAUAGAAGUGCUGAUACACUGUACUACUAAGUGUAACAAAACUAGCUCUAUUGAAUCUUUCUGAAGCUGAAUCUAGUAAUAUUAACAUUUUUAAAAUGCAAGAUUAAUAUUCACAUGCAAAUGCAGAGGUCUGUGCUUGUUAGAAACUAUUUUGAAGAAAUGUUAAGGAAGAGAAAGAAGAAUGUUAUCUUUUUGGUAAUAAAAAUUUUCACUAACAAUACUUCAAAACAGCAGGUAUUCUCAAUUAAAAUGUUGUUUACAGAAUUUUAUGAGGAAUAACAUUCUUACCAAAAGUGAUCCUGCUCCAGUGUUUGUAAGUUCUUGAAAUCUUCUUUUUCAAAAAGUGAAUUAAAAUGCUCAUUAUAUGUAAAUGCUGCUUAUUAAUAGCGGUUUGCUUAAAGGAAACAAAAGUUUUUGGCUGAAAGGCAGCCUUAAUGAUUUGUGGAACCUAAUUGAAGGCUCCUCUUCUGCAAUGAGUUCUAACAUGCAGUUUAAGACAUUUACCCAAAUUAAUGAGAAGAUCCUUAAGAGUGUUGUACUCUGCCAUUUUUUAAUUUGAUUAAAAUUGCUAAAAAGUGCUUAAGAACCAAGUGGGCACACAACUCACUGCCAAUGUGCUGAUGCCACUAGGUUGCUUACUUGCUCUCCAUCAAAUCACUUGGUCUGUGCACUUCACUUGCUACAGCUGAAAGAAAAAAAAAAAAAAAAGAUACUUAACUGUUUUAUUUACACUGCUAAGGUCUUCACUAAGAAUGUUACACUGGAGAAUGUUUUAAAUACAUAAUUCAUCUUAAUGCUUUAAUUUCAGUGAUGUUAGGACUUUGUAAUACUGAUUCCACCAUUUCCAGAAGCUGCCUUUCAGCUUGGAAUGUGAGCUGCUUCUUGCACUUUUGUAACUUCUAAAAUGUUUAUGUUUUGGGAAAAAGCUGUCUCAAACUACAAUAAUCAAGCUUUUUUGUUUUUUGUUGUUUUUUUUUUUUUUUCCGAUAAAAUCAAGAUAGUUAAUUAUUAGAAUGCUGCUAAGAUUAUUCAAGAGAAUUCUUUAAUAAAUAUAACUUUUCUUUUUGUAAGGAUUAAGAUUCUUUAUAUUUGAAAAUGUAUUGAGGAAUACUGUGAAAAAUUAAUACCAAAUUAAUGAAAUGGAUUUUAUUUUGUUUCACUUGUUCAGAGGCAUAUUAGAAUGGAGUAUGAAGGAAAUGUCUCUUUUAUACAAGUCUGAAUUUUGUGACUUUAAAUUAGCCAAAAAGGAAGAUGCCUGUAACCAUUUCAGAAAGUUCUUUUUUCUUUGUUUCUUGUUUUUUACCCAGCUUCCCACAUAAACCAUUUGUAAAUUACUGAAAAAUUGUGCCAGCACUGAAAGUCUGUUCACUGUUCUUGAAAUGCUUACUUGUACUUCUAUAUAGCUUACUUCUUAAGCUAAAUAAGGUACAUGAUGGAAUUUUGCAGCAUGAUGGAAAACAGUCUUUUGGUAGUGUUUACAAUGAAGGGAUUUUAUGAACAUCCCUAGUCUGCUAUAUUCAUUGUGACAGGGAAUUCUGUAUUGUGGUGGAGUACUGCAAUAUUGUCUACUAUCAUGCUUCAUUUUCUGCUAUACCAGUUUGAUCACUGCUUGGUAGUGAGCUAAUAAAAGCAUUUCUAUACUGAAACUUUGAAAUAAAGUCUUUGAAAGAGAAUACACUGAACUAUUCUAGCAACUGGAACUGAUUAUCUUUUUUUCUUUUCCAAAUUGUUUUCCUUGUAUUGAAAUGAUGAGGAACUUCUAAUAUGUAUGCUACAUUUACAUUAUUUUAUUUAGUAGGUGUUCAGUAGGUGGGGUUUUGCUUUAUUGUUUUUAUUGAUACCAGCUCCAGGUUUCCAAAAGUAAUGGAAGGCAAAUCCCCUUGUCAAAACUUUUUGUAAGAGAAAGAAUAAAUGUGUGACAUGAAGGAAAAAACUGUAAAAUUACAUGCAAAUAAACUGAGGAGAA